GACGUUUACAAACAUAUGUUAAAUGUCAUAAUUGUUAUACAUAAUCGUGAAAAUAUAAGAUGUUUUCAAACAGGAAUUAAGUUAGUGAUAUGGCAGAAAAUAAAUUAUUUGUAUCUUUUGCGUGCCAAAGAUGCUCUCAAUCAUUACGUUUAGAUGAAUCUCUGUAUUCGUUUAGUGAACAUACAUCUGCUGAAUUAAAUUUACCUAUAUAUUCGAAUCCGGAAGUUGAUUUAGAAUCGCAAGCGACUAGUUUCGAUCACUACGUACCUCCGUGUAGAUUAUCAGAUUCUGGUAACGGAGCCAAUGGGUUCAUGCUCAUAUCUGAUGAAAACGAAGUUGAUUUACUCAGUCAUCAAUUUAAAGUACAAGCAACUCUAUUUGAUACACUUUCCGGAAAUUCUAAUAUUGACCAUCCACUUUGUGAUGAAUGUACUGAUAACCUUAUAAAAAUAUUGGAACAACAACUUCAGAUUGCGCAAGAAGACUAUGACGACUACAGCAGAUAUUAUAAAAUGUUGGAAAGUGAAAAAGACGAGCCGAAAUUGGCCGAUUUAGAAAAAGAAUUGAGCGAUUUGAAAGCUGAGGAAAUGAGAUUGUUGGAUGAAUUGAGUGCUUUGGAAAGAGAAGAAGAAGAAACUUUGAAUGCUAUUAAGGAACAGGACGAUAUCGCGGAAAAAAUUUCGAAAGAAGAAGAAAGAUAUUGGAAGGAAUACACUAGGCAUAGGAGGGACUUUUUGGUUCUUGAAGAGGAAGGGAAAAGUCUGGAAUGUCACUUGAACUACAUAACCGUACAAUUGGAAAAAUUGCAACGAACGAAUGUUUUCAACGCAACUUUCCACAUUUGGCAUAAAGGCCAUUUCGGCACGAUCAAUAACUUCCGUUUAGGUCGAUUGCCUUCGGCGCCUGUCGAUUGGUCGGAAAUAAACGCCGCCUGGGGACAGACGGCGUUAUUACUAUCUUCCUUAGCGAGGAAAAUCAAUUUAACAUUCGAAAGAUUCAGAUUAGUGCCGUUCGGAAAUCAUUCGCAUAUAGUGUCUUUGGAAGAGCAGAAAGAAUUGCCAUUGUACGGUUCGGGAGGUUUUAAAUUUUUAUGGGAUACGAAAUUCGAUAGCGGCAUGGUGGCUUUCCUCGAUUGCCUCCAACAGUUCCAGGAAAAAGUGGAAACUUUGGAAAAGGGAAGCAAAUCAUUCUGUUUCCCUUAUCGAACCAACAAAGGUAAAAUAGAAGACAAAGAUGCCAGCUAUUCAAUAAAAAUUCAAUUAAAUUCUGAAGAACAGUGGACCAAAGCUCUAAAAUUCAUGCUAACUAACCUGAAAUGGGGAUUGGCGUGGGUGUCUUCGCAAUUUAAAAGUGAUGGAGAAGAAGUUCAAUCGGAUAAUUAGAAUUUGAAUGUUGUAGAAAAACGAAUUUUUUGCAAUACAAUAUGUAUAAUUUAAAUUUAAUAUUAUAUAAACUAUUUUUGUUAUAUAAACUAUUUAAAAUUAGUCUUGUGUACAUAACUUGAAGUAUGUCUUAUAUAAUUACCUACCUACCAAUUGUUAUUUUUAAAUUUAAUAAAUUUAUUUCAAUUU